AAGGGAAGUAAGUGAAUACAAUUCCACUCUCCACAAAACACAUUAUCUCUGCCACUACUAGUUCCUCUGAGAAGCAAUGGCAAGCCUAAGGAUUGCAUGUGUGGUUGCAAUCAUCUGCAUGGUUGUAGCGAGUGCACCCAUGGGAGAGGCCACAAUCACAUGCGGGCAAGUGACUUCGGCCUUAGCGCCAUGCAUCUUAUACCUUCAAAAAGGUGGAGCACCCUCAGCGGGGUGCUGCAAUGGUGUGAGAAGUCUCAACGCCGCUGCACAAACCACCCCAGACCGCCAAGCCGCGUGCAAUUGUAUCAAAAGCGCCGCAGGUAGUAUUUCUGGUUUCAAUGCCGCCAACGCUGCUGCACUCCCAGCCAAAUGUAACGUCAACAUCCCCUACAAGAUCAGCACCUCCACCAACUGUGCCACCAUCAAGUUCUGAAGAGUGGAUCUAUGGUGACGAAGAAGCGACAUGCAUGGCAACUUUUCGAUGGCAGGAUACCAGAUAUGACAGUGUUUUAGCAUUAGCUAAUUAAUGAAAAUAAAGGGAGGGUGAUGAGGGCUCCAGUUAUGCGAGUCUCUUCUAUCAGCUUGUCCCGUAGUUGUUUCAGACUUUGGUUAUUCAGUUAUUGUGUCGAUGAAAUUUGUCUUUGUUGGUUGGUGCAUGUAAUAAUGAGAUAUAUAUAUAUAGUAAUUUUCCUUACUGCUG